CCAGGUUCCCAACACCUAGGGGACCCCACGUGCGCCGCCCCACGCCCUGCCACGUGGGGACGCGGCCCCCGGCGCCCCUUCCCCCGCGUCCUCGGGGCACCGGAGUCCUGGGGGUGGCCCCCUCGACUGGGCCGCGCCCGGCCCGGGGUGGCAGGGUCGGUCCCGGAGUUUGGAACCAUUGUUACCGGGGGCCGGGGCAGUCAAGGAUCUUGGAGGCGGCCUAGGCCCACCCCCUCGCGUUUGACAGGUGGGGAAAGCUAGGGCGCGCAGGCGAGGAGAGGGCAAACGGACUUUGCGCACCCCCGUCCCCGCUCCCCUCUUGUCUUGGAGGCACACCUGGGCCGUGGUGGGUUGGACACCUGGCGGCAGGACCCUAGACCAGCAGCUGUGGGACCGGGGUCCCUUAGCCUCGCCUCAGUCGGCCCUCUGCCCCCGCCCCCUUCUCUCAGCCGGAACCUCACAGGCUUGGUCCUUUUGACCUAAAUUCACCUCGGGGCCGCUGCCUACUGUGAACGCGGAGAGCUGCCUUCACCGGCACCCUCCGCCUGACUCUUGGGCUCGUGGGGAUGCUGGGCCCGGCCCCGCUCAGCGUUGGGUCUUGGUGCCUGGGGUGCCACACGUUCCAGCCUUGAGCUUUUCUUGGCUUCCCCACCCCCUGCACUGACCAGUUUGGGAAGCGGGGUGUUUUCACAGCUCUGCCAGCGGCCCUGCUUCUCUCACUUGGCGCUGAAGAGAUUGCACCGAAGCCCCUCCUAUCUCCCCGCGAAGGUUGGGGCAGAGGGAUGGUGCUUGGGGGGCGGGGAUCUCAGUGCCAUCAGUAAGAGGGGCACGCUGGCCUGGGGUGAGGCAACUUUUACCUUCCUCAGUCUGGAAGUCCCACAGUCCUGGAGACAGAAACUUCUUGUGCCUUAGAGCUUUGCUGUCAUUUACCACUCCCCCUCCCCUGGCUCUGCCCCCAGGAGAGAGAGUAAGAUAGCUCUGUCCGGAAAGACUCCCUUGUUCCUAGGGGGAGGCAGGGGCAGCAACAAGGGUAGGCCUUUGGGGGAGAUAGCCCUCCCCCCCACACAAACCACCUCACAAAAGCAUACACUUUAAGAAUAAACAGUGUGCAUGCUAUGCAAAAUGCAGCUUCAUGGUGGGUCCUGUAACUUCUUUUCAGAUUGCUGGUCUGAAACUCUUCCUGUAUAGAAAGCAGCCAUUUGUAGGGAAAGCACACAAUGUGUUUUUGUAAUAAAAAGUAAUAGCCAUCAUUUGAUGGGCCCCUAACUUGGAUAAUAAUAAUAAUGUUCAUAACUAACAUUUAUUGAGUUCUAACUGUGUUAGAUAUUGUGCUAUGUGUUGCAGGCAUUAUCCCAUUUACUGCCUACCAAAGUCCUGUGACGCAGAGAUUUUUAUCUCCAUUGGAGAAAUGAGGAAAUUGAGGCUAAAAACAAUCCUGCCGUAUUGCUAGGAGUUAGCCCAUUUUAUAGAAGGACUCAGAGAGGUUAAAUUACUUGUCCAGGAUCACACAGCCAACCCAGGCAUGUCAGGUCUUAAAGCCUUUGCACUUUACCACCUGUUUUAGAGCAGAGGCCUUUGCAAGGCUGCCCUCAGGUUCCUGGGGAGCCCACAAAUGUCUGCUAAAACAACCUAAGGAGCCAUGGUGGUGUGGCUGAUCAACGUGGGCUUGUGUUUGUUUCCAGGUUGUUAGUGGGCUGGUAGACAAAUAUAUUCACUAAUAACUAUGCAGUAGUUCUCAUCGGGGGAGGUUCCACCUUCCUGGUGAGCGUUUGGAGAAGUGUGGGGCGAAUUUCGAUUGUCAAAAUGAUGCUGAGCACGCCUGACUUUUGCUAGGCAGGAGCUGGGGAUGCCACAUAUCCUGCAAGCAGGCCAGAUUCACAGCAGGCGUGAAGAAUUGCCCUGCCCUGAAUGCCAGCAGUGCUCCUGUUGAGAAAUACCAGGAGGAAUAAGCGCUGUGGGAGUGAGGAAGCAAAGGGCAGUGGGGGUUCUGGAGAAAUCCUUUGUGGCAGGUGUGAAUCCAGGAGGCUUCCUGAAGGAGGGAGAGGGUGAUGGAAGGAAGGUUCCAAAAUCAAUUGGAGGACGAGCUUCCUGGAACAAGGUUUUCGAGACUCCCUUAACGCCGCUCCCACCUGCUCCUCCACGAGAAUCCUAGCUUCCGUCUUAGCCCAUUGCCUCCCAGAUCGCCUCACAGGUGGCGCCGCUGCCGGAUGGGAGUGCCCGGGCACGUGCGUGUCGCAUGAGGUCGGCACAUGCACCAUGUCAUCAUGCGUCUCUAGCCAGCCCAGUAGCGACCGGGCCGCCCCCCAGGAUGAGCUGGGGGGCGGAAGCGGCAACAGUAAUAGCAGCGAAGGCCAGAAACCCUGUGAAGCCCUGCGGGGCCUCUCGUCCCUGAGCAUCCAUCUGGGCAUGGAGUCCUUCAUCGUGGUCACUGAGUGCGAGCCGGCCUGCGCUGUGGACAGCGGCCUGGCCCGGGACCGGCCCCUGGAGGCCCCUGGCGGAGAGGUCCCCCUCAACGUCUCCGGGUCCCAGGCCCGGCCCCACCUCUCCAGUCGCAAGCUCUCUCUGCAGGAGCGGUCCCUGCUGGAUGCGAAUGGGCGCUGCGUCUACCCGGCCCUGCCCCACUCGCCCGUGGGCUCUCCGCAGUCCUCGCCGCGGCUGCCCCGGAGGCCCACGGUGGAGUCGCACCACGUCUCCAUCACCGGGUUGCAGGACUGUGUACAGCUGAAUCAGUACACACUGAAGGACGAAAUUGGAAAGGGCUCCUAUGGCGUGGUCAAGCUGGCCUACAAUGAAAAUGACAAUACCUACUACGCAAUGAAGGUGCUGUCCAAAAAGAAACUGAUCCGACAGGCGGGCUUUCCACGUCGUCCGCCUCCCCGAGGGACCCGGCCAGCCCCCAGGGGCUGCAUUCAGCCCAGGGGCCCCAUUGAGCAGGUGUACCAGGAAAUUGCCAUCCUCAAGAAGCUGGACCACCCCAACGUGGUGAAGCUGGUGGAGGUCCUGGAUGACCCCAAUGAGGACCAUCUGUACAUGGUGUUUGAACUGGUCAACCAAGGGCCUGUGAUGGAAGUGCCCACCCUCAAACCGCUCUCUGAAGACCAGGCCCGUUUCUAUUUCCAGGAUCUGAUCAAAGGCAUCGAGUAUUUACACUACCAGAAGAUCAUCCACCGGGACAUCAAACCUUCCAACCUGCUGGUUGGAGAAGAUGGGCACGUCAAGAUUGCGGACUUUGGCGUGAGCAACGAGUUUAAGGGCAGCGAUGCCCUCCUCUCUAACACCGUGGGCACUCCCGCCUUCAUGGCGCCUGAGUCGCUCUCAGAGACCCGGAAGAUCUUCUCUGGGAAGGCGCUGGAUGUUUGGGCCAUGGGUGUGACGCUGUACUGCUUUGUGUUUGGCCAGUGCCCAUUCAUGGAUGAGCGGAUCAUGUGUUUACACAGUAAGAUCAAGAGUCAGGCCCUGGAAUUUCCAGAUCAGCCUGACAUAGCCGAGGACUUGAAGGACCUGAUCACCCGCAUGUUGGACAAGAACCCCGAGUUGAGGAUCGUGGUGCCUGAGAUCAAGCUGCACCCCUGGGUCACGAGGCAUGGGGCGGAGCCACUGCCAUCAGAGGAUGAGAACUGCACGCUGGUCGAGGUGACAGAAGAGGAGGUGGAGAAUUCGGUCAAACACAUACCCAGCCUGGCAACCGUGAUCCUGGUGAAGACCAUGAUACGAAAACGCUCCUUCGGGAACCCGUUUGAGGGCAGCCGGCGGGAGGAGCGCUCGCUGUCAGCGCCUGGAAACCUGCUCAUCAAAAAACCAACCAGGGAGUGUGAGCCCCUGUCUGAGCCCAAGGAAGCAAGGCAGCGAAGACAGCCUCCGGGGCCCCGACCCGCCUCUCGUGGGGGAGGAGGAAGCGCUCUUGUGAAAGGCGGCCCAGGGGUGGAGAGUCGGGGGGCCCUGGCCCCCGGCUCCGGCAAGCGGACGCAUCCUCCGUGGCCGGACGAGGUGAUGGAGUAGCUGCCGGACCUCGACCUCGCAUGCACGUCUCACCUCCGCGGGCCGCGCCCUGCGUUUCCAUAGCAGCAUGUCCUACGGAAACCGAGCACGUGUGUAGAGCCUUGACCAUCAUCUCUGGUUAUUGUUGUUGUUGUUUUAACCAUUUGUUUGUUUGAUUUCUUUAUUUUUUUAAAGGAGAAAAAAAAAAAAAAAAAAAGACGACUCCAUGACAUCGACCUUGGCCGCUGGCUGGCUGAAUGGGAGGGUGUGAGGAGUUGCAGACCCAAAGCCACGUACAUUUGGGGACACUUGCUUUUUAAAAUGUUUUUAUGCCAAAAAUCCUUCCUUGUGAACUGAGAAUCAUGUCAGAUAUACCAAGUGAAUGUGUGUGGAGUUUAAAAAUUGGGGAAAACUGGCAGGAAACUGGUGGUGUGGUCUGAGACCACACUCGCUGCAUUUGAAAGGGAGGGGAAGAGCGGGUGUGAUUUUGCACAAAACCCCAAGACCCGAACCGUGGCACCUUCUAGAACUGUGGACUCAAGGAGUCAGGACAGGGCUGGCCCUCAGUAGCUGCAGGGAGCUUCGAUGUAACUUAUUCUUAAGAAGGACUUAAAAAAUUUUUUUAUAAGUAGAGCUGUAGUCAGGAAAACGGAAAGGGCUUGACACUUAACAGCUUCACAGGGGGGAUUUUCCAGCCUCAGAGGGGCAUUCAAUGGUUGUGGUGGGACAUCUCCCCUAAAGGACUGAACGAGUGUGUUUCUUUAUGACAGCCGCUCAAAGCUGAAACUUUUCUUCAGUAGUUGAGGGAGCUCUGGUAAAUCUCUUGUUAAAUUACAAAAACUUCAGGGUGAAAUCCUACACUUCCAUGUACAUUACAUGGCUUAAGAGUAAACAACAACAAAAAAUACUUUCAAUUUUCUAACCAGUCUGAACUCUAGAGCAGUUCAGAAAUCAUUUCGAGCUUCCAGGAUCUCUCCCAUGCCUUCAGGGAUGUGAUCGGAGUUAGAGCCAAUGAAAUCUAUGCCUGUGUAUUAGCAGCUCACCUUGUUUAUAACGUGUGUAUUCUAGAGGCUGCUAAGGUUCUGUUUUCUUCUUAAAUACUAGCUGAUUGUUGUAGUCAAUGAAACACUUAUCCAGUUUCUGGAGGGCCAGUUAAGAAAUGCUUUCAUUCAGCUGAGACACAAAUGAUCAUCCUUACCGGCAAAGCUCUGUUUGGAUCUAUACAAUAACUUUAGGGCACCCUUUAAGAGAAGAUGAUUGAAACCUACAGCAGUCCUCAGGUCCAUGGGAACCAGGGCUUCGUACAGGGAGUUCCUUUUUGUAGCCAGAAGUCCAGAAAGAAAAAGUUUACCUUUUUGACUUCCAACUAACCUUGGGAAGUUUGGCUGCAGUUCAAGUGGACUUCUUCCAGAGCCACACAUAGGUGAGUGUGAACUUCAAGAGGGAGGAAAAUUGGAAGGGCUUCGUCUUCCUUCCUUCUUUGGAAUUCCCAGUGCUCUGUGGAAUCUGGCUUGGGGGAAACAGUGUCAGUAACUGGGCUCAGAAGGACGUGCUUUCCUGUGGUUUCUGGCUGAUCAGUGCUGGUACGAGGACUUUUUGCAGAGAGGCAGAGAAGCAGGCCUUGUUCCCCCCGUCCAGCGUGUUCAUAGAGCCCGGGUGUUCUUGGCGUCCAUCAGUCUUCAUAAGCUCUUGACUGUCGUUUAGCCAGACUUUUCUUGCUACCUUAAAAGCAGUACCGAGCUAGAGAAUGCUGGUUUCCAAGAGCAAAGGACACCCAUCUGCUGGAGGGUCCUCUGGCCUGCUUGCUUGCCUUCUGUAAUCUGGUACUUCCUCUCACCUCCUGUGCUUGUUUAAAUUUACAGGCUCCAGCCUUCCUGGGAGCAAACAGGGUCUGAUUAGUUUGCAGUAAGCACCUUGCGGUGGUUUAGGUCAACCGGUCCUUAGUCUUAGUCCUAGCCUGUCUGUUUGGACUCUGGCCUGGCCGAGUGGCUCGCCCAGGGAGGGCGGGCAGCAUGCAGAGCCUCUGCAGAACUCCUCCUGUGUUUACACAACUGCAUCAGGCGACGCCAUUUCUCCCACCACGAAACUCUCCGUCUAAGGGUUCACAUGUGGAAUGCCAGCGAUCAGGCAGCACUGAGCUAGGUAGGCGAGUGGGUUGGGGGAGGCCCACGUUCAUUACUUUUUUUUUUUUUUUUUAAACUAAGAAACACCAAAGAAAGCUGUGGAAAGGAACCGCCCCACUGAGAAAAGUAUAAGCAGAGAGGGCUGUAACAUAAAGCAUUAGAGCUACUUGGAGCGCAAACUCUUGGGGUUUGUCUCCACUCCUAAAGCACAAACGUUGAUUUUUUUUCAAAAGCCGGCUCUGUCAGGAAAGGGCAGAAGCUUUUCCAGGUAAGCAAAAAGGAUGCCUAUCCGUCUCUUCCUUUACUGGCUCAUCUGUGGGACCAGUUUGGUGUAAGCAAGCGGUGGCCUGCACCUGUGGCUUUGAAGCAGCACAUGUUCUCUACCCAUCUUCCUUCUGUCCUGUUCCACUUCCCCAUCUAUUCCGCAGCCUGGCCAGUGGCUCCCAUAAAGCCUUAUCUAGCCCCUUGUUGGCACUUGGGGCCUGAGAGGCCAUCUCCCCUCUGGUCUGGGCUUUUCCGUGAGUUAGGGCUCCCCUCCUCAAAGCCUUUCAGGACAAGGAGGGGAAAGCUGUGCAUUUAGACACAGGCUGCACCUGUCGCUCUCACCCAUCUUCCAAAGGGGAGCUUCACGUUGCCAGGGGAAAAGAACCAAGACCUCCACUCACUUCCAAGGUGCUAGGGAAGGUUUCAAGGUCGUUGAUUCCCAUCUUCUCUCCAGCUUCACGGGCCGAGUUUCGUGGGACUGCUGACUUUUCUAUCCUGUGAUUGAUUUCAUGCCCGAUGCUUCUGUUUUAUUCCUGAUCCUUUCUACUAUGCAUUUUCCUUUUAUCAGGUGUACAAAGUUAAAUACUGUGUAUUUAUCACUAAAAAGUACAUGAACUUAAGAGAAAAAUAAGCCUUCGGUGUUUUUCCACAAAUGUUUAAGCUUCUCUGUAAACUUGAAAUAAACAGACAGCAAAAUGGUGCAAAG